UGUAUUUCAUUUUCCAACCAUUUUUUAUCCUUUUUCUUGCUCUGUUCCUCCUGUCUCAGUGUCCCAGCAGGGGAGAGGGGCUCUGUCUCACCUGGGGACUCCCCAAACCAUCAUCUUGUUCCUAUUUCAGGCCUUCACACAUGGCAGAGGAUGUAUGGCUGUGAGCUCCAGAGAGACAGGAGCAAAGGAGGGUUUCUGCAGUAUGGCUAUGAAGGGAAGACUUUCAUCACCUUCGACAAGGAGACCCUCACUUGGGUGGCUCCCGUCCCCCAGGCCCAGAUCACCCAGAGGAAAUGGGAUGCUCUUCCAGGAUAUAAUCAGAGAGACAAGUUCUACCUGGAGGAGGAAUGCAUUGGGUGGCUGGAGAAGUACCUGUUCUACGGGAAUGAGACGCUGCUGAGGACAGAGCCCCCAGCGGCGACGGUGGAGAGAAGCAAGACAGAGGUGGAGGAUGGGAUGGAGACGCACAUCUGCCAGGUCCACGGCUUCUACCCCAGGGAGAUCGAUGCCUUCUGGACAAGGGACGGGGAGGUCUGGCUGCAGGACACCCUCCAUAAGUCUGUGGCCCCCAACGCGGAUGGGACCUACCACUACUGGCUCAGCAUCCGGAUCGACCCCAAAGAGAGGGGCCGCUAUCACUGCCACGUGGAGCACAACGGCCUGCUGGAGCCUCUGGACCUGGCCCUGGAAGAACCAACCAAUUCAAAACUCUACAUGGGGCUCAUCAUCAUCGGCUGCGUUCUGGCUGCUCUUGUCCUGGUGGGUGUGAUUGCUGGGAUCCUGGUAUUCUUCAAGAAACGUCAAGACUACUACAAAGCAACGCCAACAAGUGACGGAGGAUCCAACAGUUCAGAGCAGGCUUUAAUUUCAGGAAGUGACACGGACUCCAACAGUUCAGACCAGGGGAGCAACAAGACCGUUUAGCAUCCCCGUUGCAGUGGAGACUCCCAGCAUAAAGAGAGAGGAAUGAAGAGGGAUCAGCCUUCUCCUGAAUUAGGCCGGGUUCUUCGGGCCUUUCCUGCAUGCUGGAACCAGGAUAGAUUUUGGGUCUUUCAUCACUGCUUUUAUCGCUGAAUCAGUAAACUUUUUCUAUCAUGUUGAGGAGCAGAGGAGAAAAGGAUGUAUUAUGUGUUAAGAUUUCAAAUAGGGUUUCGUAGAUAGUUUAUAAUAGAUAGGUUGCAUAACAGCCUUAAUGGGCUUUUGCUGAUUAAUCUUAGUGGAUAGAGAUUAGAGGUUAAAGAUUAGAGGUUUUAGAGACAGGUUUAGAGAAAAUGGGGUGAGGAAUACAAUGAAUACAAUGAAGAAUACAAUGAAUACCAAUGGCUACAUUGGUGUUACUUUAAGAAAGAUUGAUAAUGAUUAGAUUAUGGUAUAUUAGCGAAUUUUUGUGUGAAAUGAGAGAUUUGAAGUAGAAGAAGG